AUAAAUAUCAACCAACGGGAGCGAGGAUGAAGUAGAGUGCAAUAAAAAAAAAUCGGCAAUCUACGACAAAAAUACAACUGCCAAUAAGCUACAGCUCCGGUGAGCGCAUUCGCGAAUUUAAUUCACUUGUGUUGCGCAUCUGUUCGCGGUCAGGUCAUUGCCAUUGACUUUUUUUCUCUUCUCCAUCCUCGUCUAUCUGGGUGGAGUCGUGUACCGGGCAAAGUGAUUAGGCUCCAGAAAGGCAGUGAUUUUGAAAAUGCCUCGAAAAACACUUACUGAAAUAUUGCUCAUAGACUACCGGUGGAUAGUUGUUGUAUUUUUCCUGUUACCGGCAUCCUUUCUCUACAACUUGUUCUACAGUGUUAGAAGCAAGAUAAUCUUCAAGCUACAUUCGGCGCCCAAGCAACAUGAUGCAAAGGUGGCAGGUAUCCAGAAACAGGUCAAAAAAUGGAAAGAAUCCGGAUCGAAAACAAAAAUGUGCACCGCACGACCUGGCUGGCAAACGAUGAGCUUCCGAAAACCGAUGUAUAAAAAAUCAUCCUAUCAAAUCAACUGCAACUUAGUAGAUGUUCUGGAAGUCGACACCACCCGUAAAGUAGUUCGCUGUGAACCGCUUGUUAACAUGGGUCAACUGUCCGAAACGUUGGCUCCUCUAGGAUGGACCAUUCCGAUUGUACCUGAACUAGAUGAUUUGACUGUGGGAGGCUUGGUCAUGGGAACCGGCGUCGAAUCCAGCUCACACAUCUACGGCCUUUUCCAGCACAUUUGUCUGUCGUACGAAUUGGUUCUAGCUGACGGAAGCGUUGUCAAGUGUUCUGCAACGGAAAAUGCCGACCUUUUCUAUGCUGUACCAUGGUCAUAUGGAACCCUUGGAUUGCUGACGGCCGUUGAGAUCAAAAUAAUCCCAGCCACAACGUACAUUCGGUUGCACUACGAGCCAGUAGUUGGUCUAAAAAACGUUGUAGACAGGUUCGAAAGCGCUUGCCGAGACUCGAAGAAGAAUCAUUACGUGGAAGGUUUGCUGUAUACUCUCGAUGAAGCCGUCAUUAUGACCGGAGAAAUGGUCAAAGACAGUGAGGUCGAACCGGAUAAGGUUAACGAUAUCAGCAAAUGGUACAAGCCGUGGUUCUUUGUGCACGUUCGCGAUAUUUUGAAACGUCGUGAAAAGACAUACGAAUAUAUCCCAUUGAGGGAGUACUACCACCGUCACUCCAGAGCGUUGUUCUGGGAAAUUCAGGACAUCGUGCCAUUCGGGAACAAUAUCAUCUUCCGUUACCUGUUCGGCUGGUUGCUGCCAGUGAAGGUUUCCCUGCUGAAGCUCACUCAAACGGAAACGGUAAAGAAGCUGUACGAAAACAAUCACAUAAUUCAGGAUCUUCUGGUUCCGACCAGCACCUUGAAGAAAUGCUGCGAAGAAUUCGACCGCCUGGUGAACGUCUACCCGGUGUGGCUGUGUCCGUUCCUGUUGCCCAACAACCCGGGAAUGCUCCAACCGGCCAAGGGAAUGAAGAGCGAUCUGUACGUGGAUAUUGGAGUGUACGGCGUUCCAAAGAACCGUCCAUUCCACCCGGUGGAAACGACCCGUGCGAUUGAAGAUUUGGUCGAGAAGAGCAAGGGCUUCCAGAUGUUGUACGCCGAUACGUACCGCAGCCGCGCGGAGUUCCGCCGUAUGUUCGACCACGGCCUGUAUGACAAGAUGCGCCAGAAGUAUAAAUGCGAGGAGGCCUUCCCGGAGGUGUACGGCAAGGUUAACAAGAAUGUUCGGGAUUAAAUUAAAGCUACUAUUGGCACCAAUUUAUUCUUUAAUAUGCAUUUAUUCGUAGUGUAGAAUAGAAUACGCCAUCUUGUAUCUGAUUGAUAUAUGCAUUGCAGUUUUUUGUUUUGUUGGUAUGCAAAAAUAUUUCUGUUCAUUUCGAAGAAUCGGAACAUGGUAUUCUUAAAAUUACGAGCUAUUAUUGUAUCUAUAUUUAAUUAACAUAUUUCAAUCUGGUACGAAUGCAUUCUAGUGAUGAUCUAUCAAUCAAAUGUAUAUUGCAUACUAAGAAAUUCAGCUCUAGGUUCAAUUAUGUUUGAACAUGCAGGUGAAUCGAACCUAGACCCGAAUAGAGAGAAAUCAAGUAGUGUCAAUAAAUGCUUCCCACAAGA